AGCGACUUGAAUAAAUGUUGAAUUUCAUCAAAGGCUGCACUUUACGUACACAAAAAAACUUCAAUUCGUGACGCUACUUAUCCAUCAGAUAACGUUCACGUACAUUUAAGGGGAGUUGAACGGUUUAUUUCAAUGAAAUCGACUCUCAGCAUUGAGAGCAGACAACGUGAUUGUUUUUCUUUCCAAAAUAGAGUUCGAAUAGCGCGCUUAUCAUUCGGUCUUACUUUUUACAUAAUUUCAUCACUGUUUGACGCAUUGAAGAAGAAUAUUUUUUUAUAUUUUUUUUUUGGCACAUAUGGAUCGAUAUUCUUGAGAAAAACUUUAUUGAGAUAAUCGAUGAUAACAGAUUUGGUAGAAAGAUGUACAGAAAAAUAAGAGUAGGUGAAAUGAGAUAAAAGUAUAAAAAGUAAAUUAUGAGAAAAAAAGUAAAAAAAAAAAAAAUAGUUUGUAAAAUUAUGGUAAAAAUAUAAAUCUAGAAUUAUUUUUUAAGAACGCAUAUUUUGAUACAAAAGACAUGCGUUCAACUAUUGAUUAUAAGAAAAAA